CCUUCCCACUUAUUCUUCCACUUUUACAUCCACUUUCAUCAGUUCACUGUCAGACAGCUGCUUUUUAGAGGCAUUUCGUAUCGCGUGAAGCUCCACGACAUGAAGUGAUAAAGUCCCCCUAAUUAUUUACGCACAGAUGUUGUUAUUUGCACCAUUGCAACUAAUUGCAAUACAAAGAGAUUCUCUCGCGCUGGCGUGUAACGUGAUGCAGUAGUUUCCGUAAAUGGUCUUUACUCGAUGGCGACAGUUCGGUGGUACUGAGCCGCAUGAGGUCCAGCUCGUGCUCCUCAGCAGGAACAGUUUACUUCACAAACCACUUGACAGCCAUCUAUUUGAGUAGUUUUUACUUUUUGUUCAGUGGCGGGACUGUAAAAAUCUAAUUUCCAUGCGCCUGACUUUCGCGGAUACUGCAUUUUCUCUAGAAGAAUGACUUCAGUGUGGAAAAGAUUACAAAGAGUUGGCAAAAAGGCCACUAAAUUUCAGUUCGUGGCUUCGUAUCAAGAACUUGUUCUGGAAUGCACAAAGAAAUGGCAACCAGACAAACUGAGAGUGGUGUGGACACGGAGGAACAGACGCAUUUGCUCAAAGCUUCAUGCAUGGCAGCCAGGCAUCAAAAACCCCUACAGGGGAAUGGUGGUAUGGCCCGUACCUGAGAACGUGGACAUUACCGUCACUCUCUACAGGGACCCACAUGCGGAUGAGUUUGAAGAUAAAGAGUGGACAUUUUUCAUUGAGAAUGAGACAGCGAAGGGCAGUCGCAAAGUUCUGGCGUCUGUGGACUUGAACAUAAAGAAGUUUGCCAGUGCCACACACUCACAGACGGACCUGACGCUCAAAAUGAAGCCUCUGUCAGUUAAGGUGGUAGAGGCCACGCUGAAGCUCUCCUUAUCCUGUGUGUUCCUCAAGGAGGGGAAAGCGACAGAUGAGGACAUGCAGAGUCUCGCCAGUCUGAUGAGUGUUAAGCCAACAGACAUCGGGAACCUAAAUGACUUUAAUGAGAGUGAUGAAGAAGAGGAUAAAAUAUCUAGUACCGGUGUUCAUCUCAGUACUGCAGCUCCAGCACCCCACCUUCCUCUUCGACCAACACACUCCCAAGAAAAGAGACCUGUAUCUCUUAAGAGUCCUUCAGCAAUAGUCAGUGGUAAAGAGAGACCUUCUGGGGGUGUCCUCUCACGCCCAGUGUCUGGCAGUGUUCAUAACCCUAACCUGACAUCACGUCCACCUUUACCCACCCCACCCAGUCCAACCCCUCGCACCAUGCCCUCACCCGCCUGCUCCAGACCACCACGUCCACCACCCAUUGCCCAGCCACAGGCCCCAGCUGACUCCCACACAGAGCAAAAUACUUCUGGUUUGCUCCCUCCAGCACUGCCGAAAAUCUUCCAGCCUUCCCCUGGCUCAGCUCCUGUAUCCUUUCAAAGAAGACUGUCGGGCUCUGAGGCCCCUCUGGAGGGUCCCGUGACCUCUGACUAUCCUCUGCUCAAUCUCCCUCGGGCUCUUCCUUCUGAUCCCUUCCUCUCUCACUCUCCUUCUUCACCCACUAUGCCCCUGAAAGUAUCUACACAGCUAAAUGAGCAGAUGAUGGCGUUUUCUUCAUCUCCCUUCUUCAGCAUUCCUCUAAAUGAAUCUGUGACCCCUGUUCCUUUGCUGAGCAGACCAGAUCUUGAAGCUCUGUGCGAAACAUCUUGCACCUCUAGUCAACUCCCCAAGUCACCUCUACCUCCCUCUGUCACCGUCUCUUACCCCAUUAUCAAACCCCUACCUGCCUCUUUUACCCCAGCAGCUGUCUCUUCCUCUACCCCUUCUCUGACACUGUCAACCACUGAUGCCCGCACAACUGCCCCCUGCUGUUCAUCUCAAUCUUCUUCUGCUCGUUCAGAGAUACCCAGGGAGCUCAACUCACUUACAGAUGAGGAUCGAACAAAUCCGUUUCUACAAGACUUACUGGCUGAAGAAACGAAGAACUCAGAGCCCAAAACAGACCAGUGUAGCGCAUCUCGGGCUAUAUGCAGCAUUAACAUUGCUACUAAACAAUCUCCUUCCUCGCUCCGUCAACCUGAAACCAUCAGCACUGAAAGAAGAGACCUCAAACCUGCCAUGGCUGUAAAAAGUCUUGGGCCUGUUGGGAAGUCAUCAUUGGACACUUUUGGAGAACCGCCUGUGGAAGCUUCCAGAUCUGAGGAACUGGACAUUGGAACUGUCCCUUCUCCAGACCCAUAUUCAGCUCCCGCAACAACACCACCUCCCUCAUCAGUGGUUUCCACUCAAUUGGAGAAAAAUCACGUUUUUAUAGCAGAGAAACCACCAUUGGCUGAGGAAGAACCAGAUUUUAAAGUGGCCGAUUUCGAUAAAAGUAUCAUAGCUUAUCAACCCGUUAAAAUUGUUACUAUUGGCAAAUGCCCUGAGAAAGAACCACUCAAAAUUGACAUUGAACAGCCAGUGCAGGUCAGUCUGGUUCAGACCUUUUCAGUAACUGAUGGUGACUUAAUAAAGCAACCAGAAAACACAAAAAUUGAAUCAGCAGGGGAAGUUUCUCCAAAAGAGGAACCGAAUGUGCAGAAUGCAAAGGGUGCUUUGCUUUGUGGUAACCUCAACAAGUCAGACGAAGACAAGAUAAUAAAGAAAUUUGCCUCAGCUUUGGUUAUCCCUACAGAACACAAUAUCCCCAAUAUUAUAUGCAGCUCAUCACUUCUAAAGCAAGAACCUACAGUUCUUCCCAGGGAAAAAAGUCAAGUGUGUGUGGAAAAAGUCCCUGCAUCUAAGCCCAACAGUAGUUUGAGAGAGAAGCAGUCCCAUAAGAGUAAUCUGGACAAGGGUUUAACAGUUGUGAAAAGUCAAAAUGAAAUGGCCGUAACUCCACCAGAAAGGCCUAGCGUUAGCCUCAAACCAGCUUCCCCUCAAAUAUCAGAUCUGCCCAAAGUGCUUCCUUUGAUUCAUCCCAAAUCCCUGGAGCCCAAAGUCCUUAAAUGCAUCUCAGAACAACCUCCAGCAGUCAGUCAAUCACCAAAACCAAAGCUGACUCCGAAGAGUGUGGAGGUCCAUUCACUUGCCCAAGCAGAAGUGCCAACAUUGAGUUCUCUGAAGGAGAAAGUAAAAGAUCAGGGCGAUGAAGCAAGGGAUGAGACAACAAAUAAGCACAAAAUACCUGACAAGAUGCCAAAAGAAGAAAACAAAGCUGAAAUGUCCUCCAAAAAAUCUUUAGAAGCAGGUGAAGAAAAAGCCGUUAUCCAGGUCCUGGAUGCUGUGAUUCCCAGUUUAAAUGAACCAGAUUCCCAACACCGGAUACCCUCCAUUGUCCUUAAACCACAUCCAGCUCAGACUAUUGAGAAGAAAAAAGAAGCUGUUAAAGUUAGUAUACCGGUCCGUAUGAGGCCUCUACUUCCUGUGAUCUCCCCUGCUAUUGGUGUAACAGAAAAGGACAAAAGUACAUCAGUGCAUCUGGAGGAAAUUUGCCCUCUAUUGCCUAACAUGUCUCUGGAUACAGAGUCUGAUGGAAAUGGUUUAGGGGAAAAGGUCACAUUUGAGGAAGAGAGUGUGUUAUGGGCUGCAGUAGAGGAGAAAACAAAAGAAAAAAGGGAUGAAGUUGUUAUUGUGAGCAAGUUGAUUCCAGAAAAAGAGGUCCUGGAUAGGGGCCAACGUGGACAAGAAACAUCAGAAACCAAGCUUAAGGAGCAAGAGAAUUCCUUUACAUUGUCCCAUUCCCACCACAAACUAGAUUCAGAUGAUAAGAUGCCACAAACUGGCAGUGAGACUAUUUGGGCUACUCAAGCUGGACCUAAAGAAGAUCUGCCGACUCUUAGUUUCUGUUCAGGAACUGGACUUGGUCUUGAGCUUGAUGUAAGAACAGACAGAAAUGUGGACACCUGCAUACAGGAACAUGACUCAGUUUCUGACCAGGAAGAAGAAUCUGUAGGCAUCAUACGGGGGAUUUUUGGUGUUCUGUAUAAAGGUUAUGAGACCAUGACAUCAAUACUACAGCAGCCAAGCACAACAGAAACCAAUGUUAAAGAUGACACGAUUUUGGAUGGUCAAGAUGGAUCUGUGGUCCAAAUUCUCCCUUCUGAGGCCUUCUUUGACACCAAAAUUGAGCAUCCAACCAACGAUGAGCUCCAGGAAUCAGUAAUCCAGGAUUUGUUACCUUCUGGCGAGGCCUCCGAGCCUGUGGCCAUGAGCUUAGUGGAGUGUUUGAAACUGGCUGCCAGAGAAACACAAAGCAGAUCUAUGAACUUCAAGACCCAGGAUAAAGGAAGCCCUUCUAAACAAAAAACAGCAAGUGAGCAAACCCAAAUACUGACACCAAUUGGAAAUGACAAAUACAUGAAGGUGGAAUUGAAGUCUGAGAGUUUGAUAUUAAAUGAAGAGAAGAAUAAAGAGCCAUGCUUACCUCUGGUGGAAGAAGAAGACAUAACUACUAAGAAAGAUGUGCACAACCUCAGCUAUGUGGAAACAGAUCAUCUUUUGACAGAGGUAGACUUUGAGAAAAAAAAAUUACACAAAAGCCCACAAAGAAAUGGACAUAAAGAAGUUAUGCCUGGCAAGAUUACAGCAGCAGAUUUAAGGCCAAUGGCGGAGUCGGAGGGUUCACAGGAGGAGCUGGAAUUUGAACUAGGUCAGGAAGACUUAGGAACAGUGUGGUCUGCUGAGCUAUAUAUGGAUGGAGGGUCUAGUCAUCCUCAUGAAAAGGGGUCCUCUAAGGCUAAAGGGAGCGAGAUGGCAUCUAGGAGCCCAGGUAGCAUGCAGGUUAACGGCCAGACCACUGCAGACACAUCCCAUGAGAUUCUGCCUCCAAUGCUCAGUAAAAAGAAAAUAAUUCCACAACCAAUGGACCUUGCAAUAGUAAAAACAGGUUCAGCAGUGCCACCAUGUGAUUUUGCCAGUCCACUUCUCAGUCCUGGUUUGGUGACCUCCAGUCAAUCCUUGCUGGAGUGGUGUAAAGAGAUCACUAAAAACUAUAAUGGAGUAAAUAUCACAAACUUCAGCACAUCUUGGCGUAACGGCCUGGCGUUCUGUGCCAUCUUACAUCACUUCCACCCUGAGAUAAUUGAAUUUGAUGCAUUGGAGUCUCACAACAUAAAGCAAAACAACAAAGCUGCUUUUGAUGGCUUUGCAUCACUGGGAAUCUCUCGUCUGCUGGAGCCCUCAGACAUGGUGCUUCUCUCUGUGCCAGAUCGUUUGAUUGUCAUGACGUACCUGUGCCAAAUCCGUGCACACUUCACCGGGCAGGAGCUGAGUGUGUUACAGAUAGAGCAGAACAACAGUCAGUCCAGCUAUGCAGUAGCCAGGCCAAACCAAGGGCCGGAUGUACAAGCAGCAGCCAAAUUCUGUGCAGAGAUGCUCCAUACUGGAGCUCUGCCAGGAGAGAGUAAGAGCAAGGACUCACUGGGAGAGGAGGGAAGUGACACUGUGGCUAAGCCAAACGGAGGUCUAGUUCCUCCACCUCGGACUAAACGGUCAGGAAAGGUGGAAGAGAAGGGUGGUAAGGAGACAGAGGGAGGCACGCAGGCUCCUGUGGCCCCACCACGAUCGAACUCAACAACUUCUAGAUCAGGAUUCGGGCACAUACGAGAUGCAGAUCUGGUGAAGAAACGGCGGUCACGACUAAAGAGCGAAUCCAUGGAUGAGUCUGAUUCAAAGGAGCAGCCAAAUGAGUCAGAUAAAGUCGAACUGACAGCUGAAGGAACUAAUGACUCAACCGCUGCCAGAGAAAGUGCUGAAACUGAACCUCAGGAAGCAAACCAAGAUGUUAAAUCAGCAGAGAAUGUGACAAUGUGUUUGCAGGACACCAAUCAGUAUGUGUUGAGUGAACUUCAGGCCCUGGAAACCGAACAGAAGCACAUAGACAGCAGAGCUGCAGUCAUGGAGAAAACACUUAGAAAGCUCAUGGAGACAGGAAGUGAUAAAGAUGAAGAAGAGGAGCUGAUUCAGGAAUGGUUCACGCUGGUCAACAAGAAGAAUGCUCUGAUCAGGAGACAGGACCAUCUGGAGCUGCUGCAAGAAGAGCAGGAUUUAGAAAGAAGAUUUGAGCUGCUGACCCGAGAGCUCAGAGCCAUGAUGGCUGUUGAAGACUGGCAGAAAACUCAGUCCCAUCAGCACAGAGAACAGCUACUGCUUCAGGAACUGGUGUCCCUGGUCAACAAGCGGGACGAGCUAGUCAGAGACAUGGAUGCAAAAGAGAGAGGGGCUUUGGAGGAGGAUGAGAGACUGGAGAGAGGCCUGGAGGCAAGACGGAGAAAACAAAGCAAUAAGGAAAAGUGUGUUCUUCAAUGAAGAAACUUGAAUUCUCAUGAAAACUAUGGCUCACUGCACCAGAGACAAUCUAAAUGAUUUGGACUACAUUAGUGUGCCUUCUCUUAACUUUUAGAGACAUUUGGCUUAAAUGUGAAGCCCUUCCUCAAAACAUCUUAAGUGGGAUAUAAAAUAAUCUACACAAAGUGGGAUAUAAUGUCCAGUAUAGAUCAGACAAGUUAUUCCCUCAGAGUUUGCGCAACAUUGUGAAGGUUCUUCGAGGUUGCACCGGUUAAGUAUUUUAAGCAAUAUAACUUUAAAUCUGAAAAUCUGAAAGAAGGCCAAACAGCCUUCACACACCUGCAUGGUUGCAGACAGUUGAACUGAACACAAGAAAUAAAAAAGAAGAAAAGGGGGGGGGGAAUUCUGCACACUGUUGUAGGUUGCAGACUUCUGUCAUACAACCUUAGCAGGGAUAUUUUUUUCCUGAAGCAAAUAAAACAUUGCUGUAUAAAUAAUAUAUUUCUUACAAGCUGCAGCAGUGAGCAGGGUUUUCUCUCCUUUGUUUUUUUGGCAGGGAUGGGUGGGGUUAUGUUUAAGAUUAAGACAAAGAGACCUGCGCCAAAGUUUGCUGUUUUUACAUUAUUUAUUUAAGUGUGUUGUUCCCUGGUAUGCCAAAAUGUUUUAUCAGACAAUAUAUGCCCCCAAAUGAAUGUAUUCAUAAAAUAAAAUUAUUUUGCAUUGCAGUGCCUUUAGAGGUUAAAUACCUUUUGAAAAGGAGCUUUUUAUAUCAAAUAAAACCAUUCUGUAUCUUUGUGUUUUAAACCUUGAAAGCUAACCCAAAAUGAAAAACAUUUAGGGGUUGUUUUAUAGAUAUACAAAAAGUAUUUUGUCUGUUUGUACUCUUUUUGAUAAUUAAAUGUGUAAUUCAUUCCUAUUUUAAGAUUUAGGGUGUGUUACUCAAUAAAGUUUGAUGCUGUUUGAAUUUUAA